AUGGUUUUAGGCAUAGUUAUGAUGACGGCGAUGCUGCCGACGAUGUACGGCCUCAACGAAUCUAGCAAAGCAACACGCGACCAAGAAGACAGCCGCAAGAACACAUCGCGCAAGCAAAGAUGUCAUCUGGUGGCGAUGUGCUCGCUGGGCCAAGGGACUCAAAGCCAACGCGAGCAAGUUCACAAUGCCCGCGUCUAUGUGGGGCGAGACGGGAAGCUAUACAUCACAAAGCACCCCAGCUCGGAUAUGUCUCCAUUCAAUGGCGGCUUCUACACACACCCUGAUUUUCCGCCUGACAAUACCUCCGGCGUGGUCACAAUCACUGGCGAGCAGCCCCCCACAUUACGAUGGGUAUUCUUGGAUGCCAAUACACAUGAAAUGCGAUGGGGAGGGCGUCCUGACAGUGAGGGCCAUGUGUGUGGGCCCUUCGAUUGGACCAAAGACGAACAGUGCAUGAAGCUUGAGGGCUGGGAGGGGUGGCUGGCGGUUCGGUUACCUGAAGAUGACACCCGGGACCGAGCGGAUACAGACCUGGAGAUCGGCGAUGGUCGCGAGAUCUGGCGCCUGUAUUUCGACCAAAAUGAUAAUGGGGCCGAUCUGCCGCCCGGCUCCCAGGGGAUGGAAAUUCGCCUGAAGCGAGUGACGGCGGAAUCAUAG